CUCAGUUUAUCCAAGAUGGCGGACGAAAGAGAAAGAAAACCAGUCGACUUCUCUCGCAUGAAAAAUAAAAUACAAAGAAGCGAGGUUUACUGGAAAGAAAAGAUCAGGAAGGCUAAGGAAAAGAGAGAGAGACGAAAGAAGAGGAAGAGGGAAGACGACGCUCUUGGAGACGAGGCCCCACCAAAACAAGUCCCCAGAACUAUUGAAAACACCAGAGUGAAAGAUGAAACUAUUGUGAAUGUUGAUGAUGAAGAGAUUCUCAAUGAUGAAGCCACAGAUGAACUGAGUUUGUAUUUCAAAAGAGAAGUAACACCUAAAGUGGUGAUCACUUCAAGUGACAGACCAAAAAAUGCAACAGUCUUGCUUAUGGAAGAACUCUGUAAAUGUAUUCCAAAUUCUGAAGUACGCCAGAGAAAAGGCAGAGAUUUAAAGAAAAUUAUUCCACAAGCUGUUUCAAGAGGAUACACUGCUAUGGUAGUCAUCAACGAGGAUAAUAGCAAACCAAAUGGGCUGGUUGUGACUCACUUGCCUGAUGGACCAACGGCUUACUUCAAGCUGACAAGUGUCAAACUACCAAGAAAUAUAUGGGGCCAUGGAAGAAUGACUAGUCACAGACCAGAGCUCAUUUUGAAUCACUUCAACACAAGACUGGGUCAUUCGGUAGCACGACUGCUGGCUGCACUAUAUCCAUAUGAUCCUCAGUUCCAGGGUAGACAAUGUGUCACCUUCCACAACCAACGAGAUUUUAUAUUCUUUAGACGUCAUAGGUAUAUUUUUAGGAAUUCCAAGAAAGUCGGACUUCAAGAGUUGGGACCAAGAUUCACACUAAAGCUUAGAUCCUUGCAAAAGGGAACAUUUGAUAGCAAGUUUGGAGAAUAUGAAUGGAUACACAAGAGAAAACAAAUGGACACAAGCCGAAGAAAAUUCCAUUUAUGAAGCUAGACCAAGUUGCAAAUCUUCCAAGGUCACUUGUCUGCUUUCUAAUCUCUAGGGCUUUAGACUCUUUCUUCGUCAUAUAUGGGUUUUCAAGGAUUAAAACAAAAAUACGCAAAAACUUGCCUCUCAGAUAUGCUUGUCCUGAAAAAAAGCCAAGGAAUAUCAAUGAAUUUACCAUUGUAAUGAACUUUGCUGAAUCUUCACUAAGAAGAUCACCGGUCAAGAUUGACGUCGCAAAAUCUCGAAAAUUCAUUGAACAAUUUUGUAAAAUGAUUCUCGAAAUGAUUUGAGCGAUGAAACGCAAAAGUAACGCAACAAAGUAACGCAAAAAAGUAACCCAAAAAAGUAACGCAAUCUCGAUUAUUUUCAUUUUCGCCUGUAUGGAGAUUUCUGUGGGACUUAAAACUAAACUCCAUGAAGUGAGUACA